AUGGAGGACGUCCCUAUUACGGGGCUUGAGGAGCUUGAGAGGCACCUACAACACGUCGUCGACACGCCAGAAACCCCUCUAGACGCGAAGCUUUUCGACGAGGUGGAACUGCAACUCACUGAUUACAAUAUUCCUCCUCUAAUCCCGCGCCUGCUUCCGAACCUCUCCCAAAUCUUGUUGACAUACGAACAAGACCCCGCCAUUCUCGCCAGCCUCGCCAUCAAGCUCCUUCGACCAAUUCAAUUUACUCAGGCGCUCACCUUGGCCUCUGAAGAUGCCUUAAUCCAAGCUCUACGAUCUCCCGCUCCAUCCGCAAACAUUCUGGCCAUAACAGUCAUUGAAAAGGCAGCCCGCAGCCCCAGCGAUACCGCAAUCCUGUCGAUCAUGAAGGCUUUGGUAGAGAACUUUCUACAGACAUGGCUCAGCACACCGGACGUCGGAGUCGCAGAGAAGGCUACAAAGGUUCUAGGUGAUCUUCUCGAAGUAGACUGUGAUCGUAGAUCUUCUGCUGGAAUAGAUACAAAGAUGAAUGGGCUACAGCUUGCAUCCGGUAUGCCACCAGGUCAGGGACUCUUGUGGCGUCGAAUUUUCCAAGACCGUGAAAUCUAUCAACUUCUCUUCUCCCUAUGCAGCUCUUCGACGGCCGGAACGAGCGACGGCCAACUUAACGAGAGACAAAAGUCAUUAGCGCAAGCAAGACUGUUGAGAGUAUUACCAAGACUCGCCACCCUCGACUUCCAGACUAUAACCCGCUCGCAAUUCCCUGACGUUGAGAAAUCAUACGAAAUUGGUCAACCAGGUGUACUCUACUUUGCUACGGUUGAUAUGGUCAACAAGGAAGAGGAUAUGUUGAUGCAUAUCACCCUGAUGGAUUUCUUUGCGGAAUUCCUCGAGAUGAUGAGUACUACGGAGCUCACCAAAUCUACUAUGGACUACCUGGCAGCGCUGGUUAAAAAGGUCGCGUCAUCAGAUCCUACGAUGUACAAGCAUCUCGAGACAAUCGCAAUGUCUCCGGAGACCGCUGAGACGUCUCCUGAAUUGGUGGACCUGUUGCUCAAAUUGAAUGAGUAUCCUUGA